AUGGAUUAGGAAUACGAUUUAUAACUCUAAGUAACUAGAAGCAAAAUCAAUUAAAAGAGUGCAGUGCCUAGGUUUGCUUUUUAGAAUAAUCAGCAAGAUUUUGACGAAUCUUUGAAACAUCUCUCAUUAUAAUAGACGAGAAUUACUGCAUUCCCAGAUGGAUUGGGGAAACUAAAAAAAUUGAUAUCUUUAAAUUUGAAUGACAACUACAUUAAACAAUUAGAUUACAAUAUUUUGGAUGGAUUUAAGAAUUUGGAAAUAUUGUUUAUCAGAAAUAAUCUAUUAUAAGAGUUCUAAUUUGGAAAAUUCAAGCAUUUGCAGCAAUUGGACAUAUCAUAAAAUCAUAUUAAGAAAAUUUCUGCUGACAUAGGCGACUUAUUGUAGCUUGAUCAAUUGUUCAUCUCACAUAACAGUUUCAUGGAGAUCCCAAAGAGCAUCACCAAACUAAAAUGUAUUAAAGUGAUUAACAUAGAUACUCUAAAUGUGUUCCAACUUGAUUGGUUCAAGUAUGGAGAUCCAGGAGUUCAGGAGUUAUUUCAAUCCCAAGAGCUGAUAUAUCAGUUGUUUCACACGAUUGAAUUAUGUUGCACAGGCGAAACGAUAUCAGCAAAACAAUUGUUAAGUUCGAUUGCAUUUAAACAAUUUGCCUUAAAGUACCAGGACAAAGACAUUUAGAUCCAAUAUAAAAUACACUAGACAAUAUUGGAUGAGGAUAUUGGGAUGCUGAGAAUACUGCUGUCGGAACCCAAAAAAUUCUAGAUUGACGAAAUUAAUCAGGAUGAUUACUCUCCUUUAGGAUUGUCGAUUUGGGAAGAGAAAUAUUUAGCAGCAAGAUAUUUGUUAUAUGCAAAUGCUGACCCAAAUAAAGGAGCUUCAUGGGCUAAGAGUUGUUUAAAUAUUGCAGUAUCUAAAUUAUAAUAUUAUUUAGUGUUUGAUUUAAUCAAGCGAAAUGUAGGAUUGCAUGAAUAAGAUAUUUACGGUAAUAAUAGUAUUCAUUACUUAUUUUGUGUGUAUUAAAUGAAUGAAGCAGAGGCUCAAAAGAUUCUGCAAUUGCUAUUGAAGAAUGGAGUCAAUGGCAAUCAUAUCAAUCAUAAUGGCUACACUCCUAUUCACUUGGCUGUAUAAAAAGGAUACAUCUAAGUGAUUGAAUACGUCUAUAAACAGAAAGAAUACAAGUUCAAUUUCAGACAGAAAACCUAAAAGUAAAAGCACAAUUGCUUGCAUUUGGCAGUCCUUACUAGACAGAUUUAUAUUGUAAAAUUCUUCAUCUACAAAUUUCCUGAGUUCAUAUUUUAGAAAGAUUAUCAUGAUUUGAUUCCAAUCGAUUAUUUAAAGAAUGACUUAACCAUUUACAAAUAUUUGAAGGGCUUUUAGAAAGUAGAGAUUCAACAUAUCCUAACAAAAAAUGAGAUAUUCUAUUAAUCACAAUUGUCAGAUGAAUGUGAUGAGAUUUUUUCGAUAAAAGUAUAGAGCUUAGCCCAAUUAGAUAAUUUGGGAUUGGAGAAUAAGAUUUAGACAACAAGAAUAAAUGAAAUCACAAGACAAAUUCCAUUGUCUCCUAAUAAUCUAAAACGAUUAGAAGAGAAAAACACUCUGAUGAAUCCAUAAGACUCUCAGAGAAUUUAAUGUUAAAUAUAUAAGGGGAUCAAGAAGAUUGCGUAUGAAUUUGAUAGGCUACAAUAUAAUAAUAUUGAGAAUUUACUAAAUUAGGAUCAAUUCUAAGAAUAGGUAGACGAUCUAAUUCAAAUUAAGAAGCUAUUAUACUAAUUAAAUAGUAUUAAGAAUAUUAUCGACUCGAAUGACAUCUAUAACAAAUAGUGGCAUUUCUAAUUGAAGAGUCUGAAAUAUCAAAUUAAUAAGCAUGUGUAUAGUGAGAGGAAUCUAGAGGAUUAAAAGAAAGUUUCAAACCAACUCUUGCAAAUAUUCUUAGAAAUUAUCAAGAAGGUUGAGCACCUAUUCAAUAAAAAAGAAAAGAUAGACAGUUUAUUAUCCGAUUUUGUGACAACACAGUUCUUAUCAAUCCAUUCUGGAUUUGGAUUGGGUAAAUUGGUAGUGUUUUUGGAACAAAAUCUUAAGGAAUCCACUUCAGAUGCAAAUCACUUGGAACUGCUAUUUAUUAAACUUCAAUUAUAACACCUAUCGGUAAAAUAUAAUAUUUUCAAUCAAAAAUAACUAAUGAAUAUAUUUACUAUUUGA